AUGUCACCAGAAAGAGAUUGGGUACCCCUUUAUGAUCGGAGACAGAUGCUAGAAAUGUCGUCGCCGACGUUUCAUCAGUUGUUGGAAGACGUCGGAGGUGUCCCCGGCGAUGAAUCUGAAACUCCAGUUCAUCAUGUUCUGACGAUGCAGCCGCAGAACUCUAUUCCGUUUGUACUGUCAUUUAGUAACCUCACAUACAGUGUGAGAGUUCGCCCGAGAGUUGCAUUUCCGGUGAUGUACGGGGGCCGGACAGAGGAAGCGCCGAUCACGAGGACGAAGAUGCUUUUGAAUGAUAUAUCAGGGGAGGCGCGUGACGGAGAGCUACUCGCGGUGCUCGGCGCGUCUGGUUCAGGGAAAUCGACUCUGAUUGAUGCGUUAGCGAAUCGAAUUGCGAAGGAGAGCUUGAAAGGGGAGGUGAAAUUGAACGGAGAACCAUUGCAUUCGAAGUUGCUGAAAGUGAUAUCGGCGUACGUAAUGCAAGAUGAUCUCCUUUAUCCGAUGCUUACAGUGGAAGAAACACUAAUGUUCUCAGCAGAGUUUCGGCUUCCACGGACUCUGUCGAAAUCGAAGAAGAAAGCUAGAGUUCAAGCUUUAAUCGAUCAAUUAGGACUCCGGAACGCUGCCAAAACUAUAAUCGGAGAUGAAGGCCACCGUGGAGUCUCUGGCGGUGAAAGACGGCGAGUUUCAAUCGGAAUUGAUAUCAUCCAUGACCCGAUCGUCUUAUUUCUCGAUGAACCUACCUCUGGUCUCGAUUCCACCAGUGCUUUCAUGGUGAUUAAAGUUCUCCAGCGAAUUGCACAGAGUGGAAGUAUUGUGAUAAUGUCAAUUCAUCAGCCAAGUCACCGAAUUGUCGGUUUACUUGAUCGAUUGAUUUUCUUAUCACGGGGACAAACUGUUUACAGUGGUUCGCCGUUGAAUUUGCCGCAUUUUUUUGCAGAUUUUGGUCAUCCAUUUCCGGAAAACGAGAACAGAACAGAGUUUGCGCUUGAUUUAAUCCGCGAACUCGAAGGCUCACCUGAUGGAACAAACACUUUAGUUGAAUUCAACAGAAGAUGGAAAAAUACUUAUCGGAAUUCUGCAAUGACGCCGGCGAGAUAUGAUUUUUCAUUAAAGGAAGCAAUAAGUGCAAGCAUUUCCAGGGGGAAAUUGGUUUCUGGUGCAACGAAUGAUACUGCUAAUAAUCCUACUGCUAUGGUUCCUAGUUUUGCAAAUCCAAUAUGGACCGAAAUGGCCGUGCUGUCAAAGCGAUCAUUCACAAACUCAUGGCGUAUGCCAGAGAUUUUCGCCGUCCGUUUUGGUGCAGUAAUGCUCACGGGUUUCAUCCUAGCGACGAUUUUCUGGCGUCUUGAUAAUUCCCCUAAAGGCAUACAGGAACGACUUGGGUUUGUUGCGUUUGCCGUGUCAACAACUUUCCACUCAUGCGCAGACGCGUUGCCCGUUUUCAUUCACGAGAGGUACAUUUUCAUGAGGGAAACGGCUUACAAUGCUUAUCGGAGAUCGUCUUAUUGCGUCUCUCACGCUUUGGUUUCGAUACCAGCGUUGAUAUUCCUCUCUAUAGCGUUCGCAGCCUUGACGUUCUGGGCUGUUGGCCUAGACGGUGGAGCUUCGGGCUUUUUGUUCUACAUUUGUAUCGUCUUGGCUUCGUUCUGGGCGGGUAAUUCAUUCGUUACGUUCCUCUCUGGCAUCGUUCCUAAUGUCAUGCUUGGAUUCAUAAUCGUCGUAGCAAUAUUUGCAUAUUACCUUCUCUUCAGCGGAUUCUAUGUGAACCGUGAUAGGAUCCAGUCUUAUUGGAUAUGGUUUCAUUACAUCUCCCUCGUGAAAUACCCAUAUGAAGCAGUGUUACUGAACGAAUUCAACAACCCUACGAAAUGCUUCGUUCGUGGGGUUCAAUUGUUCGAUAAUAGUCCUCUCGGGGAUUUGUCGAAUUCGAUGAAGGAGAACUUGUUGGGCAGUAUAAGCGAAACGUUGAAUACAGAAAUCACAAGUUCCACAUGUAUGACGACUGGUGCAGAUAUAUUGGUUCAGCAAGGGAUAACUCAACUGAACAAAUGGAAUUGCUUGUGGGUAACAAUUGCAUGGGGAUUUUUCUUUAGGAUUUUGUUUUAUUUCUGCUUGUUAUUUGGAAGUAAGAAUAAAAGAAUGUAAUAAUAAGCUAGAGAUAAAUAUCAUAAUAAUGUACUCUUAAGAUA